AUGGAGCCAGGAGAGAGGCGCCCUCAGCAGAUAAGGCAAGUGCUGCUUUUCUUUGUUUUCCUGGGAGGGUCUUUGGUGUGUUCAGAGCCCUGGCGCUAUUCUGUGGCAGAGGAAAUGGAGAUCGGCUCCGUUAUAGCCAAUGUGGUGAAAAACAUAGGUUUGGGUGUGGAAGACUUGGUUGCACGGGGGGCGAGAGUCAUCUUUGACGACUAUAAACCAUAUUUACUGUUGGAUCAGCAGACUGGCAACUUGCUCUUAAAUGAGCAACUCGACCGGGAGGCACUUUGCCAUCUCACAGAGCCAUGUAUAUUGUAUUUCCAGGUAUUAUUUGAAAAUCCUUUACAAUUUUUUCGGGCUGAACUUUGGGUUAAAGACAUAAAUGAUCAUACUCCUGCCUUCCUAGACAAACACAUACUUCUGAAAAUCUCAGAAAGUACUGCUCCAGGAACCUCAUUCCAAAUGGACAGUGCUCAGGACUUGGAUGUAGGAAAGAAUGGUGUCCAAAACUAUACAUUAAGUCCCAAUCCUUAUUUCCACCUUAAAUUACAAGCCAGUGAUGAUGGCGGAAAAUACCCAGAGCUGUUACUGGACCAAUUUUUGGAUCGAGAAAAGGAGCCCGAGUUUAGAUUAACGCUAACAGCCUUGGAUGGCGGGUCUCCGCCCAGGUCUGGAACUAUACUGGUUCGUGUUUUGGUUUUAGAUAUCAAUGACAAUGCUCCAGAGUUUGAGAGUCCUGUCUAUGAGGUUCAGGUACCAGAAAACAGUCCUGUGGACUCCUUGGUCGUCAGGGUGUCUGCUACAGAUUUGGAUGCAGGAAUAUAUGGAGAACUAUCUUACUCAUUUUCCCACGUCUCCACAGACAUACGGAAAACAUUUGAAAUCCAUCCAAUUUCUGGUGAAAUCCAUUUAAAAGCGCUUCUGGAUUUCGAGUUAAUUCAGUCAUAUACAAUAAAUAUUCAGGCCGUUGAUGGAGGUGGCCUUUCUGGUAAAUCAGCAAUUUUAGUUCAGGUUGUGGAUGUGAAUGACAACGCACCAGAAAUAGUCAUGACAUCUCUUACCAGCCCCAUACCUGAAAAUUCGUCACCUGAAAUGGUGGUCGCUAUUUUUAGCGUACGAGACCAAGAUGCUGGGGACAACGGGAAGAUGGUGUGCUCCAUUCAGGAUGACCUCCCCUUUCUCUUGAAGCCUACCUUCAAGAAUUUCUACACCCUGGUAACAGAGAUACCACUGGACAGAGAGAGCCAGGCCGAGUACAACAUCACCAUCACCGUCACCGACCUGGGGACCCCCAGGCUGAAAACCCAGCACAACAUAACGGUGACGGUCUCCGACGUCAACGACAACGCCCCGGCCUUCAGCCAAGCCGCCUACACCCUGCGGGUGCGCGAGAACAACAGCCCCGCCCUGCACAUCGGCAGCGUGAGCGCCACGGACAGAGACUCGGGCGCCAACGCGCAGGUCACCUACUCGCUGCUGCCGCCCCAGGACCCGCAGCUGCCGCUGGCCUCGCUGGUGUCCAUCAACGCGGACAACGGGCAGCUGUUCGCGCUCAGGUCCCUGGAUUUCGAGGCGCUGCGGGCGUUCGAGUUCCGCGUGGGCGCGGCCGACCGCGGCUCGCCGGCGCUCAGCAGCCAGGCGCUGGUGCGCGUGCUGGUGGUGGACGACAACGACAACUCGCCCUUCGUGCUGUACCCGCUGCAGAACGGCUCCGCGCCCUGCACCGAGCUGGUGCCCAGGGCGGCCGAGGCGGGCUACCUGGUGACCAAGGUGGUGGCGGUGGACGGCGACUCGGGCCAGAACGCCUGGCUGUCGUACCAGCUGCUCAAGGCCACGGAGCCCGGGCUGUUCGGCGUGUGGGCGCACAGCGGCGAGGUGCGCACGGCCAGGCUGCUGAGCGAGCGCGACGCCGUCAAGCACAGGCUGGUCGUGCUGGUCAAGGACAAUGGCGAGCCGCCGCUGUCGGCCAGCGUCACGCUGCACGUGCUGCUGGUGGACGGCUUCUCGCAGCCCUACCUGCCGCUCCCGGACGCGGCGGCGGCCGAGGCCCGCGCCGACCCGCUCACCGUCUACCUGGUGGUCGCCUUGGCGUCGGUGUCGUCGCUCUUCCUGUUCUCGGUGCUGGUGUUCGUGGCGGUGCGGCUGUGCAGGAGGAGCCGGGCGGCGUCGGGGGGCGGCUGCUCGGUGCCCGAGGGCCCCUUUCCGGGCCACCUGGUGGACGUCAGCGGCGCGGGGACCCUGUCCCACAGCUACCAGUACGAGGUGUGUCUGACGGAAGGAUCUGGGACCAGAGAGUUCAAGUUCCUUAAACCGGCGAUCCCCAACCUCCCUCCCCCGGAACAUAAAACGGAGGAAAGCCACACUUUUAAGAAUGGCUUUGAGUUCAUUUAGGGAUUUGAUUAUUGUGCAGAACUUUUAUAGUGAGCGCUAUUUCUUUGUAAAAUGUAUUCAUUGUAAUGUAAAAUUCUUUGUUUUGGGUAACUUCAUUUUACUUAAGAAUUUUCACAGAAAUUUUAAUGAUUUGUUUUCUGCUCUUUUUUAUACUAACUGUGGAAAAAACUAAGGGAGCUAGGAUUUGCUUGGUCUUUCUUCCAAAACGCAACCUCAAAUAAUUUAUUCAAAUAUACAGCAUUUUCCCUUCAAGCUUAACGGCACACUAGGCUCAGCCACAUUCUUUGGGUGUUCUGAGCUCUAGAUCCUCUCACUGAAACAGUUUUUAUAUGUUCGAUAGAGGAAAAUGCAUGGUAUAAAUAAAAACCAUGCAUGGUUUCUAAGAUGUUGUCUUAUUUAGAUUUCUUUUUUAAAAAGCAUAAUCAGUCUUGCCAUUCUACUUUUCUGCCAAAUACUUCAGAGUAAUUUUUCUGCACUUAGGUAGUUUUCUUUGUAAACAUUUUGAGAAUGGUGUGUAUUGCUGGUAGAUGUUGUAUUAAAAUAAAUUCUAAUCUUGUUUGGAUUAAUAUAUAUAUCCAGCCCACACUUUUGUCUGAGAACUUCCUGAGACUUCCCAAGGGAAGCAAUCACUGCUGAGAUGUUUAUUAUACCUUUCUUUACCUCUCUCGGUCAUUUUUUAUUGGUCUUGUUAUAGACUCCUGAUUAAAGUAGGAAUAGUCACAUUCUCCAAGUCCCUAAGUUUGUAAUUAUGAUGUAGUUCAUCUAUUUUUUUUUCUUGAUUGCUCGUAACUAGGAAAUAAAUAUUAAGUAUGGGCUGAGGUAGCCAUGUUUACACUUGUGUAGGUUGGCAGCACAGAAUGGCAUGUAGAGAGGGAGGAAAGAAAGGAGAAAUGGAAGGAAAAUGGGAAGGAAUAAGGGAGUGGUAGAAGCAGAAGCCUAAGAAACAAAAGAGACUAAGAGUCACUUGGUUGUAGACCUGUCAGUUCCUGAUUCCAGGGUUCCUAAGUCCCCAUUGUCUAAUUGUCCUUGAGCCCUACAGUAAAACUCCAGUUUCCUAAUAAUAAAACUCCUUUAUUUAACCUAUCAUGGGGAGAGUGCACUUCUUGAAACCAAAAGAGUCAGAAAAGAUACAUGCAAUCUUGAGUACUCAAUUAGAC